GGCGGUUGGUUGGGAGGGGUCCGCUCUUGGGCACAAGCGGGUCUGCCGGUGAAGACUUCCUGCCCAAGGCAGGGCGCUUCCCGAUGCUGGGAGACGGCCCCGCUCUGGGGAACGGCGCCCAGGAGUGCCCAGGGCGCGGCCGACGGGGCAGGAAGUCCCAGAAUAGGAUGGGCAUCCGCGGCCCCCCGUCGAAGGAAGAAGGCGGCAUCUUGACCUCCGGUGGGAGCGGAGCCCGGGCCCCUGGACCCCAUAUCCCCGCUGCGCCCCAGGGUCCGGGCUGUGCCCUGGGCACUGGUGGUCCACCAGCAGACAGCUGCAGCAGGGCAGGCCUCCUGCGCCAAGUCUUCUGGCGGCUGAGGGGAGGUGGGCGGCGGGCAGCCCCCCACCCGGCCGAGGCGGGUGAGGCGGUCAGCUCCUGGACCGGCCGGGACCCCCCGGACCCCGGAGAAUUGGUCCUCGGCCUCGUACGCCAUCUGGUCAGCUUCCUGAGGUCCUGUCCGACGCGGGCCAGCUUCCACGGCCUGCGGGAGCCCUGGGCCGCCAGCGCCCAGGAGUUGGAGAGGGUCUUCCGCCCCAACGAGUUCAGCCUUCUCCUGGCCGUCCCGCUGCCGGCGGAGGCGAGCUGCGGCGAGGUGGACGGCUUCGGGGGCCUCUACUACCGCGUGGCCCUGGACCGGCCUUCGCGUUCGUUCCCCUCGGCCUUCCUGCUGGACGACGAGGCGACCGUGUCCCCGGGGAGACUCGUCCAGGAGCUGCGCGCCCUCCUCAAGCUCUACCUCCACUCCUACACCGCCCCGCUCCCCGGCUGGCAACUGAGGCUGGACAGGAAGAAGCCCAACUGCCCGGCGCUGACCCUGGGCCUGCUGGACCAGCGCCCGGCCCAGGUGUUUUCCCUCCGCCUCAUCCCGGCCCUGGACGUGUCGGGAUGCGGAGCGGGAAGGCCGGGAUGGCCGGCCCUGGAGGAGUGGAUGGGGGAACCCUGGCCCCGCCUAAACAAGACUCCCUACCUGGUGGCAAAGCAGGCCCCCGGACGGGAAAACAAAGAGACCUGGCAGAUUUCUUUCUUCUACCUGGAAAAGGAAAUUCUGAAGAGGCACAACCACUCGCAGACGGGCCGUGAGGCUGCCAGCCCGUGCUGCCAGAAGGACUGCCUCUGGCUGCUGAGGAGCCUCCUGGAGAGCCUCAAGCAGGCCCACCCGGUGGAGCUGGCCCCGCUGGACGCUUUCCACGCCAAGACCCUGGCUCUCCACCGCUGGCGGCUGGCCGCCACGGGGCCGCCCCUGGCCCCGGCCGCCUGCUUCGCCCGCCUCCUGGGAGACUUCAUCGGGCAGGUGGAGCAGGCCAACCUGCCUCACGCCUUCCUCCCGCGCUGCAACCUCUUCGCCCCCAAAAACUUCCCCCCGGCCAAGCUGCGCUUCCUGCUGGAGCGCCUGCGGGCCCAGAGGGAGGCCGGGUUGCGGGGCCUGCGGCCCGUCCCGGCCGGGGCCACGGAGGCGGCUCCCGGACCCGAGCCCGUGGCCGACUGGGGCCUCUUCGGCCUCCUCCUCGUCCUGGUCCUCACCUCCGCCGCCGCGUCCUUCUUCUUGUCCUUGUGAGCCGCCUUGGCCCGAGCCCCAGCCUGGGGACCACCCACCCAUCCGCCUGACGCCCCGGACCCAAGGCGGACCCAAGCCACCCCCGGAUGAUCGCAGAUGACGCAUGGCAGCUUCCUCGGCCUUCCUCACCGUGACUCGUGCUGCCAUUUGCGUUUUGGAAACGAGAAAAAUAAAACAGAAUGAUAAA